UUGUAUUUGGGCUACAAACAGCGAAUAUCGUUGAUUAAAUUCAAUUAAUAUGCUUAGCCAUGAUUCAUGACUCAGAUUCAUCAGUUUCUACAACAUGAUUCCAAAGCUUUUGGGAUUUGUUAAUUAUUGCGACAUCCAGCAGCUCCUUAGAUAUUGGUAUUUGUUUUUGGUUAACUGUUUGCCUGAGCCAGUUUUGAAUUUUUGUUCAUUUGAGUCAAUACUAUCUCAGUAUCUUGUUAGUUUCAACAAAGACUUUUAGUUGUGUGGAUUUUGUAGUCGCAUUCUGGUGUCUCGAAUACUCCCAAUCCUAUCGAGUUCAAGCCAAUCCAUUUCCCAUGAUUAUAAUUUCUUUUAUUCCAUUAAGCAGUUUCCAAUCAAAG